GCCGCUCCCAGGGACCGGAGCGCGGGGAGGCCGCGGCGGCCGAACGGGCUCGGAGCCCCUGCGCCGCGCUCGGAGCUGCUGCCGGCCUGUCGCGGGCGGCGAGGGGACACGGGCUGAAGCGAAAUGUGCCAGAAAUGGAUGUGGUAGCUGCUGGCCUGCGGGAUAAGUAUCCCCAGUGGAUGGUCACAGAGAGCCAGGAGGAAGCUUCCUUGGGGCACAAAAAGAAGCCUGGUUCCCAGAGGAGUGUUCUGGAGGAUGGGCUGCCUUUCCUGGAGUUCUCUGGCUCUGUUGUUUAUAGCUAUGAAGCCAGUGACUGCUCCCUCCUCUCAGAAGAUAUCAGGCAGAGCCUGUCAGAGGGGGCUGCUGUGGGCUUUGACAUCGAGUGGCCCCCAUCCUACACCAAGGGCAAGAUGGCCAGAACAGCUGUAAUCCAGAUGUGUGUGGCUGAGGACAGGUGCUACUUGUUCCACAUCUCCUCCAUGGCAGGUUUUCCCAAGGGACUCAAAAGGCUGCUCGAAGAUGAAACAAUUAAAAAGGUUGGCGUAGGAAUUGAGGGAGAUCAAUGGAAGCUGAUGAGUGACUUUGAGAUCAAACUGAAGAGCUUUGUGGAGCUGGCUGACAUUGCUAAUGACAAACUGAAGUGUAAGGAGGCGUGGAGCCUGAAUGGCCUAGUGAAGCACCUUUUUGGCAGGCAGCUGCUGAAGGAUCCGUCCGUCCGCUGCAGCAACUGGGAGGAGUUUCCACUCAAGGAGGAGCAGAAGCUCUAUGCAGCCACAGAUGCCUAUGCUGGCUACAUUGUUUAUGAAAAACUGAAAAACAUGAAUAAGAGUGACCUGAAAUUAUGUAGCAUGAACCAAGGUACCACGUCUGAGGGUGUGAAGGAGCGCUUGGCUUCCCUGGCUGCAGAGAUAACAGACCUGGCUUUUCACAUCCCUGACUCUUCUGGACAACUAGAGAACUUGCAGAGGGCUACAGAAAUACUAGCAGAGAUAUCAGGGAGCAUCAGUGCCUUGAAAGCCACCCUGCUGGGCUCAGGUUCCCCUUCUGGGCUGGAGGGGAGCUGUGGUGCAAACAGAACACAUUUGGAAGCCAAGUCAGCAAGUGUCAAAGCACAAAAAGCAGAAUGUGCUGAGCAACCUGAAGGUGACCUCAACAUCUGCUCUGAUGCUACCCUGGCUGUCCUCUGGGAGGAAGAAAUGAGUGGGGAGGAGGCACAGAGAGGUAACACUGCUCUGGAAAAUGGGGCUCCAGCAGCCAGGGUCGCAGACAGAGAGGACAAGGAUGAUUUCAUGUCCCUGGACAUUACUGAGCAAGAGCUGCAGGUCUUGGAAUGUCAGGCUGCCAAGGAAUUGGGCAGUGAAGCUGCACCUGAGGAGGCUUGUUCCACAGACAAUGAACAAAAUGUGUCCUGUGUCAUUGAGAGUGAUGAAGAGCUGGAAAUGGAGAUGCUCAAAUCUCUAGAAGAUGUAGAUGAUUGUGAAGGAGUUCUUCCUGAAGGAGAGUCCAGUAAAGCCAGGAAAACUCCUGAAGUGGAUGUAGCACCAGAUGGUGAUGAAGAUGAAGGCAUUGAGGAAGAGGAGGAGGAAUAUUUGGAUCCAUUGCUGCCAGAGCCUGCAGAAAGCCACAUCGUGUGUCUCAAGACCUAUUUUGGGCAUUCUUCUUUUAAACCGGUCCAGUGGAAAGUGAUCAAUUCUCUUUUGGAAGACAGAAGAGAUAAUCUUGUUGUCAUGGCAACUGGCUAUGGAAAAAGCUUGUGCUUCCAGUUUCCUCCUGUUUACACUGGACAAACAGGAGUUGUCAUCUGCCCUCUUAUCUCCCUGAUGGAGGACCAGGUGCUGCAGCUGACAAUGACAGGGAUUCCAGCUUGUUUCCUUGGUUCAGCUCAGUCAAAACAGGUCAAGGAUUCCAUCAGAGGGGGUCAGUACAGAGUCAUAUACAUGACUCCAGAGUUUUGCUCAGGGAACUUAGAGUUACUUCAGGACCUUGACCGAACUGUUGGUAUCACCCUCAUAGCUGUGGAUGAAGCUCACUGCAUCUCCGAGUGGGGCCACGACUUCAGGAGCUCCUUUAGAAGUUUGGGCUUGUUAAAGAAGACUCUGCCCUGGAUCCCCAUUAUUGCAUUGACUGCAACUGCGAGUCCCUCAAUCAGAGAGGACAUAGUGAAAUGCCUGGACCUGAGGAAUCCCCAGGUCACCUGCACCAGCUUUGACAGACCUAACCUGUACCUGGAGGUUGGACAGCAAAGUGGAGACAUCUGUAGGGAUUUGAAGCAGUUCCUAACUAGGAAAGGAAGCAGUUCUGUGUAUGAGUUUGAAGGCCCCACUAUCAUCUACUGCCCUACAAGAAAGGCCACUGAGCAGGUGGUGUGUGCACUGAAUAAACUCAACGUGACCUGUGGUACCUACCAUGCUGGGAUGGGGAACAAGCAGAGGAGGGACACUCACCACCAGUUCAUGAGGGAUGAAAUUCAGUGCGUUGUGGCCACGGUGGCCUUCGGGAUGGGCAUCAACAAGGCCGACAUCCGGCUGGUGAUCCACUACGGCGCCCCCAAGGAGAUGGAGUCCUACUACCAGGAGAUGGGCAGGGCCGGGCGUGAUGGCCUGCCUGCUGCCUGCCAUGUCCUCUGGGCUGCCACUGACCUGGCCUCCAACAGGCGCCUCCUGGGCGAGAUCCGCAAUGAGGAGUUCCGGCUGUACAAGCUGAAGAUGUUGGCCAAGAUGGAGAAGUACCUGGUGUCCAAUGGCUGCAGGAGGAAAAUCAUCCUGUCUCAUUUUGAAGACAGACAACUCCGGAAGGUUUCCUCUGGCAUCAUGGGCACAGAAGAAUGCUGUGAUAAUUGCAGGUCCAGUGGCUCCUGCCUUGCAGUCCCCAGUGACUUUGAGGGUGGAUUGCAGGACUUUGGGAAGCAAGCACACCAGCUGCUGUCUGCAGUGAGCGCCCUGGACGAGAAGUUUGGGACCAGAAUGCCAAUUCUGCUUCUUCGAGGUGCUCGCAGCGCUUGCCGGAGCGGUACCGCAGGCACCCUCUCUUUGGCUGUGGGAAAGAGUGGCCAGAGAACUGGUGGAAACUGCUCUGCCAGCAGCUCAUCAUGGAAGGUUUCCUCAAAGAGGUCUCAGCCCAGAACAACAAGUUUGCAACCAUUUGUGUGCUCACCCAGAAGGGUAGGAAUUGGUUGUCCAAGGAUGGAUCUGCCCCAAAUCCAAGUCUUCUGUUACAGUCCAGUGAAGACCUGAAUCUGCAGAGACCUUCUGCCAGCAGCAGGCGUUCGCCUCUGCUCGCCAAGCAGCGCUCCCCAGGCACAAAAGGAACAGCACAGUCACCAGGCAAGCAGGU